CCCAUCCCUAGCGAACUGACGGCUUGUAAACUAAAUUGUUGAGAUUUGAAAUUGUUUGGACGGGCGGCAAAAGGACGGAAUUUGAUCCCAAAUAUUGGUUACCUGAGGGGACGCAGAUUUCCGCGAAAAUCUCGCCGCGGUUGCAGGCAAAAAAAAACAGAUUCCUGUAAUGCAUAUAAGCAGCUGCCGCGCUAUAGAGAUCAGUCAAACCAUGGAGACCUCGGAAGCGAUGAAAACGUGUGCGGAGGGCGAGCAUCUCAAUGGAUCCUUACGCCUGCAGUGCUCGGUGUCCUCCGUGGACAUGGAGAGCGAGAGCGACCUGUCGCUGGCCUUCGAGCGCGAGGAACAGUCGCCGGAUGGCAGCUGCGACGAGCUGCCGGCAUUCGAAAUCCGCUCCUUCUCGCCGCACGGACGAACCCCAUCGCCCAUCGACGAGCUCAACCUGUCCGACAUCGAGACGCCCAAGCAACCGUUGCGGCACCAGCUUCUGGCCGACGAUGAGGAGCCGUCCCGCCACAACGACCCCCAGUUCGUGGCGCUGUGCGAGAUCAACGCCCAGAUCAGUCCGCCCAGCGACGGUGACGAAUCCCCGAGCCUGGAGACGAUCUUCGAGGGCGUCUUCUUGAACACACCACCGCGCGAGAAGGUCACAAGCUCCGGCAGCUCACGCUUUACGCCCAAGCGCAUCCGGGCGAAUCUCAUGGAGCUAAUGGCCAUCGGCAACCGUCUGCACGACGGCAAGGAGAACCAGUCGCCAGCGCCGUCGCCGCUCAAGGACCCCACAUAGUGACCACCGCCCAAAACCGAUUCCAACCAAAGCCAUGGAGCCCGCGCUCAGACUGCCAUCGAUGUUCUAGACUAAGUUAGAUUAACCUGAAAGUGUGGUUCCAUCCCCAGCAGCCAGCAGGUGUACACUCUGGUGUGUAUCCUCAGCUGAUCCUUGAAUUCUCCCCAGCUACGUGCCCUGCAUUUUGCGAUGUCGGGCCACAAGUUUGUGUAGUGGUAAAUAAAGAUUGUCUUUCCUUGUUCCAAACAA